AUGUCUACGCCUGAUCACUUGUCCAUCCCCCAAGCCGAACUGGUCAGUAGGAAAUCUCACGUGCUACCCGGGCAAUUAUGUGUCACGGAGCUCUUCUUCAAAGUACCUCUCGACUACACGGAUAUCCAGGGCCCUUCCAUCACACUAUUUGCACGUGCUGUCAAGAAACACGAUGUUCCCAUAUUCCCACCCGAUGAUGAAGAGUCAGAGAACAGCCCAAAAGACGAAUUUGGCGAGCCCCCAAAACCAUAUAUGGUCUAUCUUGAGGGAGGACCGGGCUUUGGCAACCGUGAACCGCAGGACCAUCCCCUCACCCGCCACGCUCUUGCAAAGGGAUACCAGCUUCUCUUACUUGACCAUCGCGGCGUUGGCCUGAGUACACCAGUUGGUGCUGAUAUGCUAAGCCUUGUAUCUGAAGACGUUGAAGGGCGCACUCGGUACCUCGGCCUCAUGCGCCAGGACAACACAGUCCGGGACUGCGAAGCUGUAAGGAAGUAUCUUACCUCCUCAUGGCCCGCUGCCAAACAACCAUGGUCCAUCUUUGGCCAGUCGUACGGAGGUUUCAUCGCACUAUCCUAUUUGUCCAUGCACCCAGAAGGUCUUCGGGAAGUCUUUCUCACUGGCGGUCUAGCCCCCGUGGGUAAGAAGCCUGACCAAGUAUAUGAAGCAACAUUCCAACGGGUCAUACAGCGCAAUGAGCAGUACUACGAAAAAUUCCCAGAGGACGUCGAAAACGUCCGCCAAGUGGCUAAAUUCAUAGAGAGUAAAGGUGGCAGUAUUCCGCUGCCAUCUGGCGGUGUCCUCACCGUUCCUCGUCUCCUGACCAUAGGCAUUUCCUUUGGAAGCCAUGGUGGCUUCGACCAGGUUCACUCUACCAUCCUGACUCUUAAAGCAUCCCUCGAUCAGUUUGGAUUUUUCAACAGAGCAUCCCUAGUACCACUUGAAGGCUGGAACCCAUUUGAUACCAACAUCAUAUACGCCAUCCUUCACGAGGCCAUAUAUUGCGACGGCCCUGGUUUAGCCUCCGCCUGGUCAGCGAAUCGCAUUGGAAAAGAACUCAAACCAUUCUCCUGGCUGAAUGACAACUACUCUACGGAAUCUACCAGCGGAUGCCUCUACUUCUCUGGAGAAAUGAUCUUCCCAUUUCACUUCGAAACUUACCCAGAGCUCCAGAUACUUCGCCAAGAGGCUGAGUUAUUGGCCAAUCGUGAUAACUGGCCCGCUCUUUACGAUCAGGAGAAGCUCCAUAAGAAUAAAGUUCCUGUAUAUGCAGCUUCGUUCGUUGAGGAUAUGUACGUCGACUAUGACUUUGCAAGAGACACAGCCAAGCUUGUCAAGGGUACAAAGACUUUUGAGACGAACGUCAUGUAUCACUCGGCAUUGAGAGCGAAGUCGGACGAGGUGCUGCAGCAAUUGUUUAGCCUGAGAGACGAUGUUAUUGACUAG